GGAGUAAUCUCCCUUCGAUAUGACUGAAACCGGAAAUUGAUUAGUUCUUUCACCGGAGCCGUUAAACAAAUUGUGUUAUUUUAGCCUGUACUCUGGUCAAAACUUGGAUCCGCAGUACAAAACUGUUUGGAUUAUACAUCAUUUUACUGUAGAGUAGUCCCAACCCCUCCCCCAAACUUAUCCUUUUGGGGGAUUAAAAAAAAAAAUUUACACAAAUUUCUGACUUGUCAUGGAAAUCGAUGCAUCAGGAGAUCAAAGUGGAGGCAGUACUCCAGUUCAGGACGAGCCUACAUAUUCCGAUGUAGAAAACCAAGACAUUGAGAAUAGUGAUGAUGAAGAAGAAAAUCAUACAAAUUCUUUAAAGAAUUGCAGAGCUGCUGAUUCCGAUGAGUAUAUCAGUGAUGGAGGUGAAUUUGUACGUGAAGAUGUUCAGCAUGAAUUGGAAGAUGAAGAAGUAGAAAGAGAAGAAGUUGAAAGAAAUUCUGAUGAAAAUAUUUCAGAUGAUAAUGAGGAAGAUGACAAUAAUAAUGAGGAUGAUGAUAAUAAUGAUGCUGAUGCUCCUAAUCAUCCUGGAUCUAUAUCCAGUGCAAAUCGCAGUCGCUCAGUUUCUCCAGCUCAUAGUAGAUCAGAUCGAAGUCGUUCAACAUCCCCUCAGAGUCCAAUCCAUUCUCCAAUGUCUGUGCCAAAAAGUAACUCAAAUCCAAGUCGAUCUCCUUCUCCAGUCAAUCAACACUCUAGGUCUCCCUUAGACAGUCCAUCACAGUCCAGAAGUCGGUCAGGUUCUCCUGCUUCGCAGAGAAGUCGUUCUGAUUCUGCACAAAGUCAACGCUCAGAUUCAGCUGCCUCUCAUAGAAGUAGUUCGUGGUCUCCAUCGCGUCAAAAUGAAUCUCAGUCAGUCCACAGAAGUCGUUCAGGAUCAGUUGCAUCUCAACGAAGUCACUCAAGUUCUCACAGAAGUGCUUCUGGCUCUCCUGCAUCACAUCACAGUGAAUCCAGGUCAUGGCGUUCAGGUUCUGCUGAAUCACAGAGAAGUUUAUCUGGAUCUCGGCAUAGUGCUUCUCGGUCACCAGUAUCCCACCAAAGUCAGUCAGGGUCAUCUGUUUCAAAUAGAAGUCGUUCUAGGUCACGAAGGAGUCAAUCUGGCUCUCCAGCUUCCCAGCACAGUGGUGGUUAUAUGUCUCCGCAAAGGAUUGAUUCUAAAUCAUCACCAUCACACAAAAGUCAGUCAAGUCCAGCAGGUUCAGUGAAAUCCCCUUUAAGUGUUUCCAAUGUUCAGAACAGUCAACCUGAUUCUCCUGUUGCUCCAGUAGCCAGUCCUCUGCCUCUCUCUCAUGUUAAGAAUAAAAGAGAAAAUCUUUUUACAGACAGUGAAAAUUCUGAUUCAGAAUCAGAACAAAUAAAACGUAGGAUACAAGGCCAAAUUCAAAGUGAUAGCGAAGAUGAAGAUGAAAAACUAAGAAGCAAUAUUAACAGAGCUUUAUCAACUGGUCUGGAGUCUGAUGAUGAUGAUGAUGAUGAUGGAGAUAAUAAAACGUCUCAUGGCAGAACUGCUGAAAGAGUUACCCAAAAGUCAACUAAAAGAAUAUUAUCUGAUUCUGAAGAUGAACCAUCCAAAGCCAAAGGAAGUGAAAACGAAGAUGAUGAAAGUGAUAAAGAGACUGGUGAGAAACUCAUUGCUGAUAUUUUUGGCUCAAGUGAUGAAGAUGAAGAGUUUGAGGGUUUUGGUGAGGCUGAUGUAGAAGCUGUCCCCAAGAGGAAGGAAAAGAAAGCUGAGAAUGAGGAUAAUGAUGAUGAUGAUGACGAUGACGAUGAUGAUCAACAAAAGACUGAUUUGAAUGAUGACAAUAAUGAAGGUCUUCCUCUGGUAUCAGAUGAUGAAAAUGACGAACUUGUUCGAGAUUCACAAAGAGAGGAUUUUGUAUCUGAUUUCGAUGUCAUGCUAGAAAAGAAGAAAGCUGAACGACAAGGGAAUCGUCGCAGGCGGAAAGAUAUUGACAUCAUUAAUGAUAAUGAUGACCUUAUUGCUGAUAUGGUACAGAAAAUGAAGGUAGCUGCUGAGGAAGAUAGAGAGUUAAACCAAUCAAAAAAAGCUGCUACAAAGAAACUUAAAUACCUUCCGUUUGUUUAUUCUCAACUUAAAAAAACUGAUCUCCAUAUUGCCUUCCUUGAUUGUGGUAUUUUGAGUGCUAUGACAGAAUGGUUGGCUCCACUACCUGAUCGGAGUUUACCUCAUUUAUCCAUUAGAGAAAAUUUCUUAAGAAUUUUAAUAGAGUUUCCACCAAUUGGAACAGAUAGCUUAAAGAGCAGUGGUAUAGGAAAAGCAGUAAUGUAUUUAUAUAAACAUCCUAAAGAAACCCGAGGAAAUAAAAUCUGUGCUGGAAAACUAAUAAAUGAAUGGUCUCGACCAAUUUUCAACUUAACAUCAGACUAUAGCAUGUUGUCAAAAGAAGAUCGAGAAGAAAGAGAUUACCAACAGUUGCCUAAAAAACGGAGAGUUAGUGAUCAAGGUGGAGAGACACCCCGGAGAGACAUAGAUAAAGCAUUAAAUAGUGAAGAAAAAGCACUUCGUCCUGGUGAGAAGGGCUGGGUCUAUAGAGCUCGUGUACCUAUGCCUUCCAACAAAGACUAUGUGGUACGACCAAAAUGGAAUGUUGAUGAAAACCCGAGGAAGUCAUCAAAGAAAGCUCUCACAAGAUAUGAAGUUCAAAUGCGUCAGUUCCAAGAAAAGAAACGGCGAAAUAAAACUCAACGUGCUGUCACAAUCAGUAUCGAAGGACGUAACAUGUCUUUAUGAUCCAUAUUCUAUUCUAUUCUUUUCACAUACACAACAACAACAAUUGAACUGAAUUGAAAUCAGCUUAUCUCCAGUAAAACAAGAGAUUAUUAUUAUUAUUAUUGAGGCAGUGAGCUGGCAGAAUUGUUAGCUCGUUGGAUAAAAUGCUUAGGGGAAUUUCAUCCGUCUUAAUGUUCUGAGUUCAAAUUCUGUUGAAGUCAACUUUG